AUGCCUCCCAAGCAGAAGGUUGCCCGCGCUCCCCAGGAGAACAUCCAGCUCGGACCCCAGGUCCGCGAGGGUGAGCUUGUCUUCGGUGUCGCCCGUAUCUUCGCUUCAUUCAACGACACCUUCGUCCACAUCACCGAUCUUUCUGGCCGCGAAACCAUCUCCCGUGUCACCGGUGGCAUGAAGGUCAAGGCCGACCGUGACGAGAGCUCUCCCUACGCCGCCAUGUUGGCAGCCCAGGACGUUGCUGCCCGCUGCAAGGGUAAGAUGAUUGGAAUGGAUAAUCUGGAACGGGAACAGGAGCUAACAUAUGCAGAACUCGGUAUCACCGCUCUCCACGUCAAGAUCCGUGCCACCGGUGGUAACGGCACCAAGACUCCCGGCCCCGGUGCCCAGUCCGCCCUCCGCGCUCUUGCCCGUGCUGGUAUGCGCAUCGGACGUAUCGAGGACGUUACUCCCACCCCAUCCGACUCCACCAGGAGGAAGGGUGGUCGCCGUGGUCGUCGUCUCUGA